GACGUCAGCUGAUAUCGUCUUUUUAACCCAACAGCUCUUUUAAGAGCUAAAAAACUUGGGCGCAAUGCUAUUCUGCGCCCCCUGGAGGAAGCCACAGGCGGAAUCCAGAUCCCUCUCCGAGAUUUAUAAGCCUCCUGAUGGUCGGCUGACCAAGGAUGUGCUUCUUGGAGAAGGCGGCACCGGAGAAGUCUACAAGGGACGACACCAUCGAAGAGGCGUGGUAGCGGUGAAGAUCGCCAACAUCAGCCGAGAUGAAGAGUCAGUCAUGAGGGAGCUGAAGUUUCUCCAGCAGUUCGGAGGACACAAGAACAUUGCCUCUUACUAUGGAGCUUACUACAGGGCUCCACUCACGGAGUGCUCAUCUGAGCACUUGGAAGUAAGAAAUGAUUUACUGUAUCGUGUUCAUUCCUCUCAAUCUCCACUGGAAGUGAUAGAAUACAUGACCUUAAAUAAUUUCUAUAUAUUGCAGAUUGUUCUCGAGUACUGUGGUGGCGGCUCUCUCCACACCCUCAUCAGCAGGACCAAUGGCCAAUCCCUGAAGGAGACCUGGAUUGGCUAUGUCUGCAAGGAGGUUUUAAAGGUAAGGCCAGAUUUACCCCUUAAUGCCUCUUCUUUAAUUGCAUAAAUUAUAUAUAUACAAUCUCUU